UCCUUUGCAGCCCGCUGAAUUUGUUGCAGCAGGGCUCUUGCUUGGUUCGCAUUUAGUCUGACCAACGCGCUUCAGUUCUUCUUUUCAGCGGUAGUCUGCCGAAUCACCUUGACUAUACUACAGCUGCCAUUCGCUCUAUCUGCGCUCUUCUAUACCACCUUACCACAAACCCGAUUUCCAUAGCCGCCUACCAGUUGGUUUGAUAGGACGCUUGAACCAUCGUUCAACCAGCACAAACAUUGCAAUACCUUGUCCCUCGAUCCGUGCACCGGCCCGCGGCAUGGUUGACUCCAAGGAAACCUCCGAAUUCUCGGAGAAGACGGAGGCCUUCUCCCAGUCCGAGAUCCUGGCGCGGUUUCGAGAUGACCGCCGCGAGAGGGAAGAACUUCAACUUGCCCUUACCAGCACCGUCUCGCUCGAUAGCCUAGUUAUUCCACCGGAUGAGGACAUUCGAAUUCUUUUCAGGCCGCCCCGGGGGCGACCGGUCAGUCCAGGUAGCUUGGAGAAUUGCAGGUGGCUAGCUCUGCGUGCCGAGGUUGCAGGAAAGGAUCAGGCACAACACAAGGUGCUUGCCGUCACGCAAACAUCCCGGGAUAUCAAGUUCUCCGUCCGAAUCCCUGGCAUGCUGUGGUGCGAGCUCUAUUAUGAUCCGGCCAGCGAUAAGCUCAUCCUUGUCAAUCGUUCCAAUGCACCAUUCAUCCUAUCCCGUGCCUCCACUACCGCUUCAGGGGAUAACGAGGAAUACGAGGUCAAUCCAGGCUUCAAUAAAGACGUCUUUCCAGGCACCUGGCGUAUCAGGUUCUACAAUUCCGAUGUGCUUGACUUUCGUAUCCUUGAGAAAAAGCCAUCACUUUUCCGGAUUCCAUCUAUCGAUUCAUCAACUUCAUGCCAGCUCGUGAGAAAGCGCUCCUAUGUGGGUGAUGAAGAAGAUGAAAAUUCGAGCAACAAGAAGCCUCGAGCAUCCGAGGACAGCGAAAUCAAGAAAGAAGACACCGACAUUAAGGAAGAUGGCGUCAUCAUGUUCUUGCCAGCAAAGACGAAGCCGCUCGUUCUUCCAAGCCUGGCUGGGGAGAAAAAAGAACUCGUCUCCGCGAACGGCAGAAGGGAGCUUGUUGCAUCCGACGGAAACCUCCUUCAAAUUCAACCUGACGAGACGGUCCAAGUUACUGGUGGCGAGCUUGACGAGUAUACACUCACAAAGAAAUCGGACAUUGCCUCGUCAAGCUUAUCGAGCGUUUUCACCGCUGACCACUCAAAUGUGCCAGAUGGAGUUAUUGUGGUAAAGGUGCUCAAGACCCGAACUCCGGCCACCGUCAACAACACCGCUAUGGAAUCCAGGAACGUGAUCCAUCAAGCCGAUGUCUGGCUUCGAGAGCUUCAGUAUCAGGAGAAGCUCCAGCACAAGAGCAUCGUACGUCUAUACGGCGGCGACGCUCGCUUCCUAUCUCUGUACAUGGAGCACGUUGAUGCUCGAGAUCUAGGAUCCAAGGGAAUGUGGCGACGGAUGAACGACCGGUUUGCCGGUGACCGAUCAGACGCAAAGCGCAUCGUUCGGGACAUUGCCAGUGCACUGCAGUACAUCCAUGGACGCGGUCUAGUCCACAAUGACAUCAAACCCGCCAACAUUCUCUACAGCAGAGAGCGUGGGGCCGUCCUGUGCGAUCUAGGUCUAUCUACCCACGCCAGGGACCCCCCUUCAAUCGGCGGUACACCAUGGUACAUCCCACCAGAAUUCAUUGCCCUAAAACAACGUGGAGCCCCCAGCGAUGUUUGGGCCCUGGGAGUGACCAUGCUGUACGUCAUGGGGAAGAUCGCUUUCCCGGACGCUCGUGGCAACAGAGCGCAUCCCCAACAUCUUCACUGGCUUAUUGCCAAAGUUCACCCAAACCCACGCGAUCGGAAUCCUCAACCGAGCGCGGUCAAACACAUGCAGCAAUGGCUGGGUGAAGUCAACAUGGCUCGUGCACAGCUCGAUACGCGAGAUGAUCAAGAGAGGCUAGUGUACGAUAUGCUAUCACCAAAUCCAAACCAGAGAAUCACGAUGAGGGAGAUCGUGGCUCGAGUCCACGACCAAAUCCCAGAGGAAUGAGAGAAUACCAUGUUUGAUAUUUCGCGAUAUCUACACUGGCCAUAUACACCUGUAUCUACGCACCAUUUUGGUUGAAAUCAAGGAGGAUUUAUAUCACCCCACACAAAUCUUGUAUUUUCAAA